AACAUUCUUAUAUAUAUCUCACCCUUUGCCAAAAACGAGAAAGGCCGUCUUUUUUUCAUCCUACUCUUCCGCUCUCAUUUUCAAUCUUUGAUAAUGUUCAAUGGAGUUCUAGAUUUGAUUUGUUGUCUUAAUUCUAUAGAGAUUUGACAGCUUACUUCGUAGUUCUUUUCAUGCAUACCUUUGACAGGAUUUUGGAGUAGGAUUUUUUCAGUCUCGAGGAACAAUUAUCUAUUCUGCUUUCAUGAAAUGAAAGAAUAGCGAGUUGUUUCACUCUCUGUUUAUUCUGAAAAAUUCUUGUACACUGUGAAGAGGUUAUAUGAAAUAUAAAUCAUUUUUAUCACAAUCUUAAAUAAUAGAGGCAGAUUCAAUAUUUGGUAGUGCCCAAUGGUUCAAUCUGUGGCACAUCAUAUUUUCAUCAAGAGUUAUACCCCGUUCCUUGGAUCCAUCAAGAGUUCUACUUACUAGAUAUGUAUGCAUGAUGGCAUAAACAAGCAAGUGCUCUUGAUAAGUACAUACGGUUCUAUGUCCUGGAGAUUCUAACAAGUUGUUUUGAAUAAAGGGAGAUGGAAGAUGAAAUGGUGGAUCAGUAUUGGUGUCACAUGUGUUCUCAGAUGGUGAACCCGGUAACGGAAGCUGAGAUUAAAUGCCCAUUCUGUGAGAGUGGUUUUCUGGAAGAGAUGGGCAGCGUGAGAGAAGUCAAUAAUAAUAUCUUUGAUUUAGGAUCAGAACAUGCAUUCUCUCUUUGGGAUACAUUCUUGCUGGACCUUAUGGGUGGCUUAGGCACUUCUGGUUCACGUAGAAUAGCUCAAGAACAUAUUAGCAGUACCAGUUCCCAAGAUGAAGAUGAUGAGCUAGACUUUGAGUCCUUGCUUCGAAGAAGAGGUAGACUAAGCACAUCUUCAGUCCAACGCUUACUUCAAGAUCUUCAUUUGAGGUCAGAGAAUCCUGAAAAUGACAGGGAGAGCAGCGGCGGCAGUAGUAGUAGCAGUAGUGUGAUUUUGGUCAAUCCUUUCAAUGAAGAGGCAAUAAUUCUUCACAGUCCUGAUAAUAUGAACCAACCAGAAAACCCGAGUCAAAACGUGUCAAUUUCUUUCCAGGACUAUCUUAUAGGACCUGAUGUGGAUUUAUUGCUACAUCAUUUGGCAGAGAGUGGUCCUAACCGAUACGGGACUCCUCCAGCAGAGAAAGAAGCAGUUAAAGCAAUGCCAACAAUUUCCAUUACGCAGAAUUUGCAGUGUUCAGUUUGCCUGGAAGAGUUCGACAUUGGAUGUGAAGCAAAGGAGAUGCCAUGUAAACACAAAUUUCAUGGAGAGUGUAUUGUUCCAUGGCUGGAACUUCAUAGUUCCUGCCCAGUUUGCAGGUUCCUAAUGCCCUCUGAUGAUUCCACGACUGGAGUAAGCCAGUCGAGAAGUGACGAAGAGAGAACGGAGAGCAACGAUGCUAGGAUCAUUAAUAAUGGGAGAAGGUAUUGGGUCCCUAUCCCAUGGCCUUUUGAUGGUUUGUUUCCUUUAUCAGGAUCUCAAAAUGGUGGGAGUUCUUCAUCAGCACCCUCAUCAACCACCAUGCGUGGAAGUGCUUCCUACUCCGAUGAAACUUGAACACUUGUGUUCCUAACGUACUUGUGCUUCUUUUAUAUGUUUCCGUGCCUUUCUUCAGUGUAUUGCCAUCUUAUCUUAGCAAAAUGGUUUCCUGCAAACCGUUUAUGUAUAGAAACAACUUUAUGGUUUGAGAAAUUGAUUGCUUCUGUUGCUGUCU